CGGGUGUCCUCACCCCAACACACCGCGUUACGCGUCGUUCGUAGCCAGGACAUAUAUUUCUAGAAGUCCCGUCAAAACAAUAGAUACUGAAAACUUGUAAACCUUUAUUGUAGUUGUAGUUACGUAGUGUUCUGCAGUGACCGGUGUGCCAAUUAAUCUGCCUCUAAACCAGCGCUGUGUUGAACGGACUUUGUUGAAAGCUGUAUUGCUCGGCUUACUCGGGAAGGAUACAAGCGAGGGCACAUUCCGUUGGUGUACGGUAUCUUCAGCUUCUCUUUUGCAAUAGUGAAGGAGUGUGAUUCAAUUAUUAAUACAUUGACGAUGCGUUGCUCGGUGUGUAAUUACUAUUCGUGGAGUUACUUUAUCGCGUUCGGAGAAAUCUUCAUCUCCUUCCACAUUGCCCGUGCCUUCCUGCACUGUGCACGGUCGACGAGCUUUUCGCAAAAGCUAGCUUGCGAUGGUGUGGAGCCUAUCAUCGUAUUGCUGGUGUUGUACAAUUUGCUUUCUCUGUUACUUAUCAUCGGUGUUACAAAGCGCAAUGAAAAAUUACUACAGAUUUAUCAAACCUGCACAAUAACCCUCAAAGCAUCGGCUAUCGUGCGACGGAUAGUGCUCAGCGCGACCGAGUAUGACGGGAGGAAUGAUGGUAAAACGAUAAUAGAAAUUAAACUUAUCAUCGUGUUUACGUUAAUAUUCACCCUGGAAGCGCUCGUGGUCGCCGGUGCCUGUCGGAAGAUGCGUCGCGAACAACAGGAGCAGCUGUACUACAUAGAUGUGGUCUAGUGGCGUCCCGAUAAAGGAGCUGGACAACCACAUCUGGAGCAAUGCUAAGGGAAAUGCAGGCUAGUCAUUGCAUCUUACCCGUCCGUCCGUCUGUCGCACUGCAGCAAUCGCGGUAAAUUAUCGGGGGUUGUCAAAGGAAGCUGUUGCCAAAGGAAGUUUCAGUUCGUCAAGCAGGCCGCCGCCUUGGACUGUUCAUUGUCAUUCCAUCCACUCCGGGAGUGUACCGCUCCCGAUGGACACGUUUGCAAUUAAACCCCAUUCAACACAUAUACCUUGCAUAUAUUUACAUUUAACAAUCGCGUCGUACGUGCUUCUUAGAGGAUUAUACAGCGGUGAGAACUUAAUGAUACCAAAAAAACAAACAAAGCAAACAUAAUUAACUCAUACAAAACUCUAUUGGAAUGCAACAAAUUACGCGUACCAGUCCAUAACUAGUACUCGUUGGCCGUGACGAGAAGUGAUACCGGUACUUUUUGGCUGACACAUACCUUACCCAGUGCUUUUUGUAAAACAGAUUAGGAAAAGUGCUAUAGUAGCAAAUGAAAUUCGCAAAACUUCCAAUCGAAGGAAAUUAGUGAGAGGCCUGACGAAAUAUGUUCGAUUUUUCGAUGCAUUUAGAAUAAACACGAUCCCUUACACA